UAAACCUCCAUGUUGAAAAAGUAAUUUUCAGUUUUAUCAGUAUUUAUUGAUUUCCCCCUCUACAUAUGAGUUAGAAUGGUGAUUUUAAGUAUUCUGCGGACAAAUGGGAGGCCUCUGAAGACACUCUGUGAAUUUGCAUGUUCUCAGACACGUUUACUAAGCAGUACCUCAACAAGGAAGGUUCAGGAUGGACUUGAAGAGUAUAGUGACUCAAAAGUAAUAUCGAGACCACCAACUCCAAUUAUUACAUCACGGAAUCUUGACUUUAUGCCACGCGAUCGUGAACCUGCCAAAGCAUGGCUUGAAACCAUGGACACAAUAGAGGGAGAAAAGCUUGGCAUGAUAGACCUUCAUCCAGACAUCUUUAAUGCAAAUCCAAGAUUAGAUGUACUGCAUAGGAAUAUUAUGUGGCAGAGAGCAUACAGAAGAAUUAGUUAUGCUAAGACAAAGAGCCGUGCAGAGGUGAGAGGAGGUGGUAGGAAGCCCAGGCCACAGAAAGGUUCUGGCAGGUCAAGACAGGGAUCAAUCAGAGCUCCACAAUGGAGGGGAGGUGGAGUUGCUCAUGGCCCAAGAGGUCCUAAAUCUUACUACUAUAUGGAAGAUUUCAACAUGCGAGUACAGGGUUUAAUGAUAGCUCUCACUGUGAAAUAUGCUCAGAAUUACCUGCAUGUUGUUGACAACUUUGAUAUUCCAACAGAGGACCCAGAAUAUCUGCAAGACAUACUGGACCAUAGAAAGUGGGGACUUAGUGCAUUGUUAGUUGAUGAUGUUGACAUGGCACCUACAAACAUGGCUUUAGCAUGCAGUAAUGUCAAACACAUCAACAUCAUGCCAGUUUAUGGUUUAAACGUUUACAGUAUGUUGAAACAUGAAGGACUUAUUCUAACUUUAGCUGCUGUAGAGAAAAUUGAAGAAAGACUAUUAUAUCAUCUACACAGGCCAGACUAUGAGCAAGUAGGCUGGCUUAAGCAACAGGAUGCCAACAGAUAUGUGAAUAGUGGGGGGCCUACCAUGUUUAGGGAAGGCGAUGGUCGUAUAGUGUGAAUAUGAUGGAAUCCUAGAGUGCCAAUGUAUUGUUAUUACCAAGUAGAAAAUAGAGAUGUUAAUUGGUUUUUAGCUACAUGUUUUUAAGAAUGUGUAUGUCACCUUGCAGUCUUGUGGUCCCCUAGGGAUGAGAUCUCCCCUUUGUAGUAUUAAAGAGAAAAUCAGAGAUAGCGAGCAGCCUAACAAAAAA